GAUGUAGGUAUGUUGGGAGGGUACAGAAUGAGUAAUUGGAGGACGCAAAGUCCUUCAUUCAAUCCAUUUCCUGUUUCUCUUCAAACCCACUCCUUUUUCUUUUCUUCUCAUUCUCAAAUCUAAUUAAUUCAAUUCCUCUCUCUUCUCCAACAACUUAGGGUUUCUUUUUUUCCAACAAUGCCACGCAUAUUUCCCUAAAUACCCUAUUUUUUCCCCUUUUCUACUUAAGUUCAAUUUCGCGACAUGGAUAGCGGUGCGUCCGCUCCGACGGCGCCGAUUCCGAACGCCAACGCGCCGCCGCCAUUUCUGAGCAAGACUUAUGACAUGGUGGAAGACCCUUCCACCGACGCGAUCGUGUCAUGGAGUGCAACCAACAACAGCUUCAUCGUGUGGGACCCACCCGAAUUUGCCAGGGACCUUUUGCCCAAAUACUUCAAACACAACAACUUCUCCAGCUUCGUUAGACAGUUAAACACUUAUGGUUUCAGAAAGGUUGAUCCAGAUCGUUGGGAAUUUGCAAAUGAGGGUUUUUUGAGGGGUCAAAAGCACUUGCUUAGGAAUAUAACACGAAGAAAACCUGCCCAUGGUCAAAAUCAUCAACAGGCUCAGCAACCCCAUGGACAGAGUUCAUCAGUAGGGGCAUGUGUUGAAGUCGGAAAGUUUGGGCUUGAGGAAGAGGUUGAGAGGCUUAAAAGAGAUAAGAAUGUGCUCAUGCAAGAGCUUGUGAGAUUGAGGCAGCAGCAACAGACCACUGAUAACCAGUUGCAAACAAUGGUUCAGCGCCUUCAGGGAAUGGAGCAACGACAGCAGCAAAUGAUGUCAUUCCUUGCGAAAGCUGUUCAGAGCCCUGGAUUCUUUGCUCAGUUUGUACAACAACAAAAUGAGAGCAAUAGGCGCAUAAGUGAAGUCAACAAAAAGCGUAGGCUCAAGCAGGAAGGUAUUGCAGAAACAGUGAGUGCUGCUACUCCAGAUGGACAAAUCGUUAAAUAUCAACCUCUGGCGAAUGAAGCUGCAAAAGCCAUGCUUAAGCAGAUCAUGAAAUGGGAUACUUCUCGUGUAGAAUCUUUUAAUAAAAACCCCGAGGAGUACAUCAUUGGUGAUGCUUCAUCAUCUUCCAGUGGAAUGGACAGUAGUGGCUCUUCAGGCUGGACUUCCGGAGUCACUCUUAAGGAGGUAUCUCCAGCUUCGGUGCAGUCUUCACACGUUCCAGCUGCUACUGGCACCCAAGGGCAUGUCCGCCCGACUGUUAAACCCGAAAUUCCGUCUGUACCACAAGCAGUAGCUUCUGAAAAUGUUACAAAGGAUGGAGGACAUGGUGUGCCUUCUAUCCCCGUUUCUCAAGCAGAUAUGGUGAUCCCUGAUCUUCCUCCAAUAACAGAGAUGGUGACAGGAAAUAUGCUUGAUAUUCCCGAAGAAAAUUAUAUGGCAACUGAAUCGGAUGAGGGAUAUAUGGAUCCUUCACUGGGCGAUGCCGGGUCAUUUCCCAUUGAUUUUGAGGUCAUUUCACCUGAUAACAUUGAUGAUUUCUUAGGAAAUCCUUCUAUUUGGGAUGAAAUUUUGCAAACUCCAGUUCCAGAGGAUAUCGACACCAAUAUUGCCGAUGUAUCCAACGGGAAUGAGGUCCAGUCAACGGAAAAUGGAUGGAGCAAAACUCAACGUAUGGAUCACCUUACAGAGCAGAUGGGUCUUCUUUCUUCUGAUACAAAACGAGUUUGAUUAUCUAUGAAAUUUAUAUUAAUCUUUCAUUUUGUCCAAGGCCUGACCCAAACAAUACACGACUGUAGUGAUGUCUAUAUUAUAUAUAAUUACACUCCCACUUGGUCACUGAAAGUCAAUGUUUCUCGUUUGGUCGUCUAUGGAUUUAGUUUGUCCUGCAUUUAAAGCAAAAUCUAACUAACUAUAUCAUAUUUGCAUUUACAUUGAUUUUUCAUUUGCUUUGCGUUGAAAACAACUUACGGAUUUAUGGCCUUGUCGUGGACCACUUGGGGAGUGUUUCUGGUUAUCUAAUCAGUUUUUCCAAUGUCAUAGGCAUUGGGUGAGGUUGAGUUAUGUGAAUUCA